AUGGUUAAUGCUUGCUGCUUGUCUAUAGAUUAUAGUUCACAAGAUCAACAUUCAGCAAUCGAUAAUGUUAAUUUGGAUCCUUUAGAUAUUGGGCAUUUUAUAAACAAAUCUCCUACAAUAUCUAAUGAAAAUAAAUAUAAUUUAAUAAAAAACCCUUGGAUUCCAUCAGAAAACUUUAAAUUUCCAUUAGUUGUUCAGGGAAAUAAAAAUAGGAAAUUCCAAAGAGAUUGGUUGAACAAAUUUCUAUGGCUCAGCUAUAGUGCUAAAGACUGUGGUGCAUAUUUUCGGUUAUGUGUUUUGUUUGGUAGAGAUGUUGGCGGAUUAGGUGAUCAAAAACUUGGCGUUCUUACAUUACAACCUUUAUCAAAAUAUAAAAAUGCUGUUGCUGAUUUUAAAAAACAUUCAACCUUGAAUUAUCAUGCAUUAGCUAUAGUAAAGUCGGAUCAUUUUUGUGCAACUUAUGAAGGGAAUGAUAUAAGUGUAGAUGUUCAAUUAGAUUCAAAUUUAAGAAAACAAAUAGCAAUAAAUAGGAAAAAAAUCCUACCAAUUGUAAAAACUAUUUUGUUUUGUAGAAAACAAAAUAUAGCACUUCGUGGACAUAGACAUGAAACAGGAAAUAUUUUUAACCAAAAUUCAAAUUUAAUUGAAAACGAUGGUAAUUUUCGGGCUUUAUUACGUUUUCGCAUUGAAUCAGGUGAUUCAGAUUUAAGUGACCAUUUGCAAAAUUCCAACAAAAAUGCUACGUUUAUUAGUGCAGUAACUCAAAAUGAUAUAAUACAAUCAGAUGAAACUACUGAUACUAGCCAUGUAGAACAGUUGUCAAUCAGUAUACGAUUUGUAGAUUUUGACUCAAAAACAAUUCGAGAGGAUUUUAUUAAAUUUCUGAAAGUCGUUGAUUUAAGCGGAGAAGCACUAGGAAAAACUAUUUCUGAAUUAUUAGAACAGAUAGGAUUAAGUUUAACAAAUUUAAGAGGACAGGGCUACGAUGGUGCUGCCAACAUGUCUGGCAAAUUUAAAGGCACUCAAGCUUAUAUUUCAAAACAUCAACCUCUAGCUACAUAUGUGCAUUGCUUAAAUUUAGUUUUAGUUAAGGCAUGUCCAGUUCAACCUGUGCGAAAUACAAUUGGAAUUGAUGAAGAAGUUAUAAACUUCAUAAGAGAUUCUCCAAAAAUACUUGAAAUUUUUAAAAGUGAAAAUAAAAAACACUGUCCAAAUCUUAAUUCAGGUAUAUUAAUAAAGCUAUGUGCGACUAGAUGGGUUGAACAUCAUGAAGCUUUUAUAAGAUUUAAUCAAAUGCUUCCUGCUAUUAUAUCAUUUUUAGAAUAUAUGAUUGAAAGUUUUGACGGACAAACUUUGACAAAAGUUAAUGGAUUAUACAACUCAAUAUUAAGAUUUGAUUUUUUAUUGACAUUACAAAUUAUAAUAAACACCAUGAAUAUUACACUACCUUUAUCGAGGAAACUUCAGACUCCAACUUUUGAUAUAUCUGAGGCACAAACUUUAAUACAAUCUGCUCUAACUGUUUUGAAAAAUCAACGUAACGAAAAUGACUUUAAAGAUAUUUUUAAAAAAUCUGAAGAUUUGGCUAAUAGAUUUAACAUUGAAGUCAAGAUAUCACGAAUAGCAAAUAAACAGCGUAACCGCUUAAAUAUUUCAUCAGAAUCAAACACACCUGAAAAUGCAGCAUUAUUGUAUACAACUGAUUUACCAGGAACUUUCGAAGAAUUAGAAGGAGAAUUGAAAACCUGGAAAGCAAUAUGGAAAGAAAAACCAGUAGAUGAACUUCCAUCCACUGCAAUGGAAACAAUAUUUUUACCACUCAUGAAUUAUUAUCCAAACAUUAAAAGGCUUUUAAUACUAUUUGCAACUAUUCCUGUAACAACAUGCACAUCUGAAAGGUCAUUCUCUUCACUUAAGAGAAUUAAAACUUACUUAAGAUCAACUAUGGGAGAAAAUCGAUUAAACGGAUUAGCAUUGCUCAAUAUACACCCUGAAAUAAUUAUAAAACCUGAAGAAGUAGUUAAUACAUAUGCUAAUAAACACCCCAGACGAAAAAAUAUUGAAGGAUUAGUCAAAGAUUUGCUUGACUCACCUUAUGGUUCAGAAAAAGAAGAAAGUUUAAAUGCCAGCAACGCUGAAGAAGAUUUGUUAAACACUACCUAUGACGUAAAUGUGCAAGAGUCAGAUACUGUUGAGGAAGAGUCAUUUGUGAGAAAGAGAAAAAAAACGUGUAAAACCACACGAUUGGAACAAAAAUGUUCAACAAAUUAA